AAGCUGUUGCUUCGUGGAAAAAAUUAAGAUAUUUAUCACUUGUGUUUUUGCUUGUUCAACAUCUCUUCCCCCUUCCUGUUGGCUGACACUUCUAAAUGACUUCAAAGUGUCUGCUGCACAUUUAAAAGAACACCCGAAAUCGGAUUUGCCUACAGAAUGACCUUCAUUACAACUUCUCAAGUGUCCCAUCACGAUUUAACCCAUCAUGAGAAAAAUACUCUGGACAUUGUCUGUUACACCAUCAUUAUUCUCGUAGGCACCACUGGGAACUCUGUGGUUAUCUGGGUGGCCGGCGUCCGUAUGAAACCCAAUGUCACCAACACAUGGUUGGUUAACCUCGCUGUGGCUGACCUGAUCUUCUGCUUUACACGAGUGACCUCGCUCAUCAGUAUAUGCAUUGACCACUGGCCCUUUGGAGUCUUUCUCUGCAAGUUUAAUGGCUUCUUCAAGUACGCCAACAUGUUUUGCAGUGUUUUUCUUCUGGCUGUCAUCAGUGUGGAUCGAGUGAUCUGUGUGUGGUGCCCAGUGUUCGCUAGGAAGAAACGGACGUUAUGUGCUGCUCGUGUGAUCAGUUUGGGGGUUUGGUUUGUGGCGCUGAUCUUCAGUUCACCGUACAUUGUCUACCGAGAGGUCUUUACUAGGAACAACAUGAGCCUCUGCUCAAUGAAGGAAAAAGAAGCAGUUGGAGGAAGUUCAGCAAAGUAUGUUUACUACUACAUUCGCUUCUUUUGUGGAUUUGUGUUUCCUUUCCUUGUGAUCUUCAUCUGCUACACACUGGCUGCUGUUGGGAUUCGCAGAACAAGAAUCUCUGGCAAAUCAAGGCCUCUUCGGAUUCUUGCUUUAUUGGUUUUUGCCUUUUUCUUAUGCUGGGCACCUUAUCACAUCCUAGGUCUUCUUAAAUUAAGGAAUGAAAACCACCCAUUGGUAAAGUUAGGAUGGCGUAUGGCUUCAAACUUAGCCUAUUUCAACAGCUGUGUGAACCCAAUGUUGUACUUCUGCACGGGACUGAAUCUCAGACAACGCUGUAAUCAAAGCCUGUUAGGGAUUUUUUACAGAGCUCUUACUGAAGAAGGCCGAACGUUGUCCCAGGACACCACUAUAGAGGAACAGUCAAACUGUGUUUUAAAAGCUGCUGAUAGAGUUCACCACACACAUGCAUGACUUGUCAGUUUUGGGGAAAGUUAAUAUUAA